GGUACACCAAAAUGUCUAUGUUAGGGAACAUAAAAACCUAUGCGCAGACGGUCACAAGUCUGUCGGAUAAUGAUGAUACCUCUAUUGACAGAUUAAACUACGUAGUCACCACUUCCAUUCUCAUCGCUUUUUCUCUUCUCCUGUUCGCCAAAAACUAUGUGGGAGAACCAAUGCAAUGCUGGACUCCAAAUCAGUUUGCCGGUGGAUGGGAGAGUUUUGCGGAAUCCUAUUGCUUCAUUGAGAAUACAUAUUUUGUGCCGAUGCAAGACUCGAAUCUUCCAGCUGCUGAAACAAGAGAAGGCAGAGAAAUGAUUUAUUAUCAGUGGGUACCAUUCCUCCUGGUAAUCCAAGCUUUGUUCUUCUGUGUACCAAGAGCUUUUUGGAUUAUCUACCCAUCAUACAGUGGUCUCACAAUUGCUGAUAUGAUCACUGCUGCAAGACAGAAUGGAAAACAAUUGGAGGGUGCAGAUGAAGCAUUAGAGCAAGUUGCAAUGAUAAAUUGGCGGACUGAACAACAGAAAGGACAUGGAUCGCGAAUUUUCAAUUGUUACCUGGUCAUGAAGUUGCUGAUUCUUCUCAACAUUGUUCUACAGUUCUUCCUGCUCAACUCAUUUUUAAACACUGCUUACACAUUUUGGGGAUGGGGAAUCUUUUGGGAUAUGGUAAAUGGAAGGCAUUGGCAAGAGAGUGGGCACUUUCCAAGAGUAUCAUUCUGCGAUAUUAAUGUGAGAGAACUUGGAAACAUUCAUCAUUGGAGUCUUCAAUGUGUUCUGAUGGUUAAUAUGUUCAAUGAAAAGAUCUUCAUUUUCUUGUGGUUCUGGUUCGCAUUUUUGCUUGUCGCCACUGCAGGAGAUUUUGUUAUUUGGGUUUGGAGACGAUUUGACAGCAAUUCGAAACUUGGAUUUAUCUUGGAUCUUUUGAACCAAGAAGGAAUUGAUCAUUCUCCACAGAAAGCCAGUGAGCUGUACAAAAACGUGCUUCGUGAUGACGGAGUUCUGUUCCUCCGGCUCCUCGAUUCGAAUAGCGGACGACUGAACUCGGAAGAGCUUAUGAAGAAAAUUUAUAAUAUUUCAGUUGGCCAUGCAACUGAUUUGAAUACACCUAUUGAAGAACAUGCAACUAGUGAGUGAAGGGAGCUCACGCUCCACAUGCUUCAGUCGAGGGAGAUUCAAGUUAACAUUGCUCAUAGUUUUAUUGGAAUUUUUUUUGUUUUUUUCAAAGACCUCAAGUUUAACUGCUCAUAUCUUAAUGGUUGUUGGUUUUAGGAAAAAUAUUUCAGCUGACAAGAUAUUUAUUAAGUUGAUCACUUUAACUUUACAGUUUAAAAAUUGGAAAUAUUUUUGAGACCUGCCGAGAUAUGAAUUGUCAAAGUUGAUAGGGUGCAUUAAACUGUAUUUGUUGUGAUUAAUAUUUUAUUUAUAAACCAAUUUCCUAAUAAAUUUGGAAAUAAUUG